AACCCGCGUAAUGCUGCUGGAUUCACGUGGACUUCAACAUGCUUUGAUGUUUUGCUGAAGUUUUCUAGCAUUUUAUUUUGAGCUGGAGUUUUGUGCUGUGUUUUGAUCACGUGUUUAUCUGAAGCUGUAGUAGCUCAGUGUUGAGCUGCAGUGAGAGAUCGAUCAUCAGAAUGGGGCACACAAGUCUGGAAAAGCUCAUCAGACUACAGAAAAAGACCUCCAAUAUUAGGAAUAUAUGUAUUCUGGCUCAUGUUGAUCAUGGAAAAACGACACUGGCGGAUUGUUUGGUUGCGAGCAAUGGCAUCAUUUCCACUCGAUUAGCAGGAAAGAUGAGGUAUCUGGACAGUCGGGAGGAUGAGCAGAUCCGGGGAAUAACUAUGAAGUCCAGCGCCAUUUCUUUACACUUUACAUCAGGAGAAAGUGAAUACCUCAUUAAUUUGAUCGACUCUCCCGGUCACGUGGAUUUCUCCUCUGAAGUGUCCACAGCGGUGCGGCUGUGUGACGGCGCUAUCGUUGUGGUGGACGCUGUAGAGGGAGUAUGUCCUCAGACUCAAGCAGUGCUGCGGCAGGCGUGGCUGGAGAACAUCCGACCCGUACUCGUUAUUAAUAAGAUCGAUCGGUUGAUUGUAGAGCUCAAGCUGAGUCCACAAGAGGCCUACACCCACCUGCAGAAAAUUCUAGAACAGGUAAACGCUGUUACAGGUGCACUGUUCACUUCUAAAGUCCUGGAGGAGAGGGCAGUGAAGGAGGCGGAGCUUGAGGGGGCGGUACCUGAGGGGGAGGUUCCAGAACUCAGUGGAGGGGAGCAGGUUUACGACUGGAGCGCCGGUCUGGAGGAGACAGACGAUUCACACCUGUACUUCAGCCCAGACCAGGGUAACGUGGUGUUCGCCAGCGCCUUCGACAGCUGGGGGUUCAGCAUUCAUCAGUUUGCACAGAUCUACUGUCAGAAGAUGGGCAUUCGCUCGGAGGUUCUGCAAAAGACCCUGUGGGGCGAUUUCUACAUCAACCCUAAAGCCAAGAAGAUCAUGAAGGGAGCUCAGUCUAAAGGGAAGAAGCCUCUGUUUGUCCAGCUGGUCCUGGACAAUAUCUGGAGUUUAUAUGACGCUGUGGUGACCAGAAGAGAUAAAGAGAAAGUGGAGAAGAUCGUGGCGUCUUUAGGGUUAAAGGUCAUGGCGCGGGACCUUCGACAUUCCGACCCUAAAGUUCUCCUGAGUGCUAUCUGCAGCCAGUGGUUACCCCUCUCUCAGGCAGUGCUGUCGAUGGUGUGUGAGAGGCUGCCGUCUCCUUCUGAAAUGAGCGCUGAAAGGGUGGAGAGGCUGAUGAGCGUCGGCACGCGGAGGUUCGACUCACUGCCUGAGAAAACACAGCAGCUGAAACAAGCGUUCCUGGACUGUGUGAGUGAAGACUCAGCUCCAGUGAUAGUGUUUGUGUCGAAGAUGUUCGCUGUAGACUCCAAGGCCCUCCCUCAGAACAAGCAGAGGCCUUUGACUCAGGAAGAGCUCGCCCAGCGCCGGGAGUUGGCCAGACAGAGACAUGCGGAGAGGCAAGCGACCAGUCAGAUCGCGGAAGACCCUGACUCAGCCAGCGCCGGGGGCGCCCAGACAGCGACCCCCACCAACAACACCAACACAGAUGCCGAUGCACUGUGUGCACAAACGGAAGCUCUAUCAGUGAAGCCCGCAGAGGAAGAGGAGGAGAAGAAGGAGCACUUCAUCGCAUUCGCUCGUGUCUACAGCGGCGUGGUCCGCAGGGGUCAGAGGGUGUUUGUGCUUGGCCCCAAAUACGACCCUGCGCUCACCCUCAGAACGCUUCCUGAAGGAUGUUCAGCAGAUGACACUGUGCCCUCCGUGCCCCACCUGGCCUGCUGUACGUUGGAGCAUCUCUACAUGCUGAUGGGUCGUGAACUAGAAGAGCUAGAGGAGGUUCCUGCUGGUAAUGUUUUAGGGAUUGCAGGAAUGGAGGACUUCAUCCUGAAAUCAGCCACUGUCUCCACCUCUCCAGCUUGCCCCCCCUUCACCCCCCUCAACUUCGAGGCCACGCCCAUCGUCAGAGUCGCAAUCGAACCCAAACAUCCCAGUGAAAUGCCUAAGCUGGUGCGUGGGAUGCGGCUGCUGAAUCAGGCUGACCCGUGUGCAGAGGUGUUGAUCCAGGAGACCGGAGAACAUGUUCUGGUGACGGCCGGAGAGGUGCACCUGCAGCGCUGUCUGGAUGACCUCAGAGAAAGAUUUGCCAAGAUUGAGAUCAGCGCCUCCAAGCCCAUCAUCCCGUUCCGCGAGACCAUAAUCCGCCCGCCCAAAGUGGACAUGGUGAAUGAGGAUCUGGGCCGGCAGCAGAAGGUCGCGGUCAUCCAUCAAGCCAAGGAAGAGCAGUCCAAGUACCCUGAGGGGCCCCAGGUGGACUCCGGUGGCCUGGUCAACCUCACCACCCCCAACAAAAUGGCUACCAUAGGGGUUCGGGCCGUUCCGCUUCCCGAAGAAGCGACGCGGCUGCUGGAGGGGAGCGCCGAGCUGAUCCGGACCAUGGAGCAGUUCAGCCUGUUCGCUCGAGAAGGAAAGACUCUGGAGAUCAGCCAGAAGACUCUUGAGCAGAUUCAGGAGUUUAGGACCAGGCUGGAGGGUCACCUGCAGGGCUGGAAGUGGAGGAACGCUGUGGAGAGGAUCUGGGCUUUCGGGCCGAGGCGCUGCGGGCCCAACAUUCUCCUGAACGGUGUGGAGGGAUAUCAGAGACCAUCGGUUUGGCAGUGUCUGGAGCAAGAGAAGGAGAAACCUGAAGCUGCUACGCUUCGAGAUUUUGAUAACAGCAUCGUUAGUGGUUUCCAGCUCGCUACGCUCUCCGGCCCGAUGUGCGAGGAGCCUCUGAUGGGCGUCUGCUUCUCAGUGGAGAGCUGGGAGAUGAAAUUAGCACCUCAGUUUACUCAGCAGGACUCGGUGGAGGAGGAGACCGCUUCUCGACAGGGUUCAGAGAACAGCGACAAUGAAACAAGAGCUGCAGUGAGUGGAGAGUCUGAGUCUGGUGGAAGUAAUGAAGCAGAAGCAAGCUCUUCGUCUGCUGGAGGUCAGAGCAGAUGGAGGGGGGACGUGACGGACUGCUACGGGCCGUUCUCCGGGCAGCUCAUCGCCGCUAUGAAGGAGGCCUGCCGCCACGCCUUCCAGGCCAAACCCCAGAGACUGAUGGCCGCCAUGUACACCUGCGAGAUCAUGGCUACUGCUGAAGUUCUGGGUCGUGUGUAUGGUGUUCUCUCUAAGCGUGAGGGGCGUGUCCUAAAUGAAGAGAUGAAGGAGGGAACGGACAUGUUCAUCAUCAGGGCCGUCCUGCCUGUGGCCGAAAGCUUCGGGUUCGCGGACGAGAUGAGGAAGAGGACCAGCGGCCUGGCCAGCCCACAACUGGUCUUCAGCCACUGGGAGGUUAUCUCCAGUGAUCCGUUCUGGGUGCCCACCACUGAGGAGGAGUAUCUGCACUUUGGAGAAAAGGCUGAUUCAGCUAAUCAGGCGCUGAAGUAUAUGAACGCCGUCCGGAAGCGUAAGGGUCUUUACGUGGAGGAGAAGAUCGUGGAACAUGCGGAGAAGCAGAGGACCCUCGGCAAGAACAAAUAAAUGAGAGCAUCUUUGCAGUCGUGAACUCUCUGUUUCAUUCCUCUGCUGUACGUUCUAAUAAAGGGAGUUCUCCAAGGGUUCUGGAGUGAAGACUGGAGUGGUUUGGUUUGCAGCUGUGAGAACUUUGAGAGCCGUUAACGUAUAAGUGGUCCUUGAUAUACAAGGAAAAAUGAACUGAAGAUGUUUUUACUGCAUUUUGAACUGCAUAUAAACUUGGCAACACUUCUAAUGAAUCCUAUAUUUUUUAUAACGCAUUAUGUAGCAUAUAUAAUACCUUAUAAUGACCACCAUAAUGUUUUUAGAACUCUUAACAUACAUAAUACAUCAUGUGUAUCUUCAUAGAGACACAGGUGCUUUAUAUAAUGCAUUUAUAAUAUGGCAUUUUAUAUGGCAUAAUAAUAACUUAAUAACUUUAAAUGAUUGUUAUAAGCUUGUAUGCCUCAUACAAAAAAAAAUAAGAGACCACUUCAGACAAUAUUUCCCCCAAAUUCCAAAAAAAUAUUGUCAUUUAGAGCAUUUAUUUGCAGAAAAUGAGAAAUGGCUAAAAUAACAAAAAAGAUGCAGAGCUUUCAGACCUUAAACAAUGCAAAGAAAACAAGUUUAUAUUCAUAAAGUUUUAAGAGUUUAGAAAUCAAUAUUUGGUGGAAUAAACCUGGUUUUUAAUCACAGUUUUUAUGCAUCUUGGCAUGUUCUCCUCCACCAGUCUUACACACUGCUUUUGGAUAACUUUAUGUCUGCACUCCUGGUGCAAAAAUUCUAGCAGUUCAGCUUGGUUUGAUGGCUUGUGAUCAUCCAUCUUCCUCUUGAUUAUAUUCCACAGGUUUUCAAUUUGGUAAAAUCAAAGAAACUCAUCAUUUUUAAGUGGUCUCUUAUUUAUGUAUUUUUACAGAGCUGUGUAUAAGAUAUUGUAUGAUUUUGCCAUAUACUAUCUGUUCAUAAGAACAUUGUACAUAUUGAUAUAUGACUUUUUGAAACCUGUCUUCAUAAAGAGACAUUCUUGGUCAUUAUAAGGUAUUAUGAAUGCCAUAUACUACAUUAUAAAUGCAUCUGUGAUAGAUUAUGUACUGUACACAGGAUUCAAUUGCAGUGUUACCAAACUGAUUUUCAGUACAACAUCAACAGCAGCUUUUGAGCUUUUGGUUGUGAAUUACAGUCCAGCUUCACUGUGAGGUGUAGAUAAUUAAAUGAUCUCUAUUCAGGUACUGUACACUCUAUUAUCACAGUUUAAUCCCUGCAUUUGUGGGUCUGGGAUGGUCAAGGUGGUUGAAAAUCUGGUCAUCCAGACAAAACCGUAGCUUAUAAAGGUAAACUAGCUGCUCAAGCAGCUCCUGACCAGAAUAGUGAGUGUAGUAUUUGAUUUUUGUUUUCCUGGUUGAUCUGCUUGUUUAUUCUGGUCAUGUUGGUCAACAAACUUGAAAUUUCUGGCCACGUUGAUCAACCAGCUUGGUGAUUCCAGUCAUUCUGGUCAUACUGGUCAACCAGCUUGGUGAUUCAGGUAAUGUUGGUCAACCAGCUUGGUGAUUCCAGUCAUUCUGGUAAUGUUGGUCAACCAACUUGGUCAUUCUGGUCAUGUUGGUCAACCAGUUUGGUCAUGCUGGUCAUAUUUGUCAAACAACUAGGUCAUUCUGGUCAUUUUAGUCAACCAGCUUGGUCAUGCUGGUUAUGCUGGCUACCCAGCUUGGUGAUUCCAUUCAUUCCGGUCAUGCUGUUCAAACAGAUUGAUCCUUCUGGUCAUGCUCGUCAACCCGCUUGGUCAUGCUGUUCAACAAGCUUGGUGAUUCCAGUCAUUCUGGUAAUGUUGGUCAACCAACUUGAUCAUUUUGGUCUUAUUGGUCAACCAGCUUGGUCAUUCUGGUCAUGUUGCUCGACCAGCUUGGUCUUUCUGGUCAUGCUAUUGAACCAGUUUGGUCAUUCUGGUCAUGUUGGUCAACCAGCUUGGUCAUUUUGCUAAUUCUGUUCAACCAGCUUGGUCAUUCUGGUCAUUCUGUUUAAGCAGCUUGUUUUUUUGGUCAAGCUGUUUAACCAACUUGGUGAUUCCAGUCAUUCUGGUAAUGUUGGUUUCACCAAUUUGGUCAUUUUGAUCAUGUUGGUUAACUACUUUGGGCAUUCUGAUCAUGCUGUUCAACCAGUUUGAUUAUUCUAGCCAUGUUGGUCAACCAACUUGGUCAUUCUGGUCAUGCUGGUCAACCAACUUGGUGAUUCCAGUCAUUCUGGUAUUGUUGUUCAACCGGCUUGGUCAGUUUGUUUCAUGAUGGUCAACCAACCUCGGGUCAUGUUGGUCAAUAAGCUUGGUCAUGCUAGAGAACCAACUUGGUCAUGCUGGUCAUAUUGGUUAAUCUAGUCUGGUGAGGUUGAUCACACUUGUAGACCAGCUAAUCCAUCAAACUUUAACCAAAAUCUGGUGCUGGUCAACCAGCUUGAUCUGGCCAACCAGCUUGAUCUGGCCGUGCUGUUUUUUUUAUCAGGGAUAUUAAUGAAUUGUCUUUAUUAGGCUAAAAUUCUGAACAGUUCUGAUGUUUGGCAUGUUGAUUAAAAAUUGGCUAUUAUUCACAAAAUAAUUAAUCAGCUUGAGAAAUGGUGAACUGGAGCUGAAGAUCUACAUUCACAUCUACAGUGCAGAUGAUUAAAUGAUUAUUAGUUACUUGAUAGUUUGUUUGUGGCUGAAGUUGAACUUGGAGUGAAUUGAGAUUUUGCCUGUAGAUCUGGAAGAUUUUAAUCAUUGUUAUUAUUAUUUAUAAGCAGUGAGGUGAGUGGUGAUGAUUGCUGAAUGAUUUGUUCUUUUUUCUUGAUCAGGGUUUUCAGAAGCUUUUAGAAGCAAAGGUAGUCAAUGAACCAAGGCACUGUACUGGAUCUAUGAGGCUAAUGCAGCUAACAGCUAAUGGAAUCCAAUACCCCUUCAAUUAGCAUGCCUACAGAAGAGUGCCGGCAACAAAGACCAAAAGUGAUCUGGCAUUGCAGCCCAUACAAAAUUGCAGAUUUCCAAGCAAAAUCCUUAAAAAUAUCAAAACUUCAUCCGAAUAAACAUGAUGAGUGAGAAGAAGCUGCUGGGUCAAACAUAUAUUAGAAAAAUACAUUUAUAAAGAUUGAAACCAAAGUUCUGUUGUUAAUGGAAAAAUAAAGCUGACACUGGUGAUUUUUUUAUUUUUAGAAAAAAUAUAAUAAAUAAGACUGGGAACAUUC